AAAAAACGACUGAACAGCUGUUGAGCUGCUGAAUGGGGUCGAGUUACAUGGAGUAAAAAAAGAUGAGGAAAGAGGAGGGAGGGAAGAAGGGAGAGAUAUAAAAGAGGGAAAGAGGAAGGGCACUACUCAUUCAGCAGUUUCUGCCUUCGCCGACUCAUUCAGCAAAAACAGAAGCACCAGGAAAAAGCAUCCCAGAGUUGCAGCUGCAUCCCAGAGAGUGUGAAGAGUGUGAGUGUGUGUCAAGUGUGUGACAGGGUGAGUGAAGUGUGUGUGAGAAAGUGUGUGAAGUGUCUGAGAUGGAGGUAAACGGAGGAGAGCAUGAGAAGAUGGAAAGACCGGAGACACUCAUGGAGGAAGAAAGAAUGACAAUCAAGAACACCUGGUCAAAAGUGUAUGCAAAUAAAGAGGCAGCAGGAAUUGCUGUGCUCAUCAGACUCUUCACAAGUUUCCCCUCAUCAAAGCAGUACUUCAGUGACUUUCGCCACAUGGAGGAUGUGCAGGAAAUGCAGUCGAGCGUGCAGCUGCAGAAACACGCCGUGAGGGUGAUGAAGGCUCUCAACACGCUGGUGGAGAACAUCCAUGAUGGAGAGAAGACGGCGUCUGUGGUGGAGCUGGUGGCCAAAUCACACGCUCACAAACACAAUGUCGAGCCAGUGUACUUUAAAAUCCUGGCUGGAGUCAUUCUAGAAGUGCUGGUGGAGGCUUUCCCAGAAUCCUUUGGGGCGGAGGCGCAGAGGGCGUGGUCUAAACUGAUGGAUGUGGUUUUCUGGCAUGUCACUCGGGUCUACUCUGAGAUUGGCUGGGCUUCCACAGAGUGAAAGAGAGAGAGAGAGAGAGAGAGAGAGAGAGAGAGAGAGAGACUAUCAUCGCUAUACAAUAUUGUUCUGGAUAACUGGAAUUUCGUCUGAGGAAAUCUGUCUCUGCAGAUUCAUCAUGGAGGAAGUGACAUUAUUACAUUCACUCUGUGUGAAUGCUGGGACUCUCCUGUAGCUCAGUAGAGUAAAGGAAGUGAAACAACACAUUCCUUUAUCUGCAUUUACAUUUUAUAUUUACCACAGACCAGAAAGAGAGAGAGAGAGAGAGAUGAGUAUAUAUAUAUAGAACACAAGGCUAAUUUCAUUAUACGGCUUUAUAUGAAUGAUAUAUACAGUUCUGUGCAAAAGUCUUAGGCACAUGCAAAGAAAUGCUAUAGAGCAAACAUGCCUUCAAAAAUAAUGAAAUUAAAUGUUUCUAUAUUUAAAAAAAUACUAUAAAGAGCAGUAAACAGUAAUAAAUGAACCAAAGUCAAUAUUGGUGUGACGAUCCUUCGCUUUAAAAUAAAGCAGUAUCUGAGGUGCAGUGUGUGCAGUUUUAUAAGGAAAUGAGCUGGAAGUGUUACUGAGCAUCUUGCAGAAGCAGCCACAGUUCUUCUGGAGACUUUGACUGUCGACUCGCUUCUUAUUUCUGCAGCGAAACCCAGCAGCCUUCAUUAUGUUUUUAUCUGAAAAGUGUCUCUUAUGGAAUCUGCUGCUUUCUUUACUGACAUACAAACAUUUUUCUGUAACAUUUCAUUUUGUGCUGGAAAACUAAUGUUUGGAAUCUAAAAUGUUUUUGUACUGAAUCAAUAAUGUAGAAGUCAGAAAAUAAAAAUCUAUAACAUAGUUUGUACUCAAAAAAGGGGGGUGCCAAGACUUUUGCACAGUACUGUACAUUAAUAGCUUUUUUGGUAUUGAUAUAUAACAUCACAUUAGCUCAUUAUCAAUAAUAAAAAAAAUUGUGCAUACUUAAAAAGAAACAAAAAUCUAGUCUUUGGAUGAUGUUAAAAUUUAAAAUGUUCAUGUGAACACACUCUUCAGAAAAAGACUUUUACAGAAUUGCUUAUUGAAAAAUACUUUCUUUAUCAUUUAAUCAAGAAAAUGCCAUGUGCUGUUAUAAAAUUUGGGCUUUUAAUUUUUUUAUUAUUAAUAUAAAUCCAAUUUUGGGUAAUUCCUCUAAUUAGGGACAGGCAUGAAUGUGCAAAGUUCAUGAAUGCAGAUCAUUUAGAAACUGGGAUUUUUGGUUUUGAACAAAAAGAAAUAAUUUUGAGGAAAAUGCACAAAGUGGUUUAAUAUGUUUUCACUCUAGUUAAUGUGAUUUAUAAAGUUUAUAAAGGAAUUUGUGUAUGUGUAUAUCAUAAUGACACCAAAACUGACAUAUAGCUUUUCAGGGAUAUAUAAACAUGAAGUGACUGUAAAGUGGACGGCGCUUAAAGCCCUCUUUAUAGUUUUCAUGUUUCAAGUUUCAAAUAAAUAUUUUUGUUGAGUUUUUUUUAAUAGUUUUAUUACUGCAGUUUAAAAGAAAACAUGAAAAUAUAUUUGAUAUGAUCAAGUUCAUCAUUUCUACCUGGCUUCAAGCUAAAAAUAUAAAACCACCAGUACCUAAUAUUAAAAAAUAAUAGUUCACAUCAGUAUGAGAUUAUAUCUCCAGUGCUGUAACACUGCACCUGUACAGUACUGCCAUUUAAUCUCCACAUGAUUAAAAGCUUGUCUUUUUGUGUUUUUUUUAAACAUUACUAUUUCAGUUUUUGUAUUACUGUAAAUAUGAUGUUAUUAUGAUUUUUGUGAUUAUGAUCUUAAUAGAUGUAUUUUUAUACUAUCUGUUUUGAAUGGAUUUGUAAAAGAAAAUAAGUGUCAUGUAAUCCAUGAUCUGGAAAGACAGUGAAUUAAUCAACUGCAUGAGAUUAAAUCAGACUGUAAUUACAA